AUGAGUAUCAUAAAUCAUUCAGACAUGGAAAAAAUCGUUCAAAGGUUGGAAGCAGCAACACUUCGAUUAGAAGCACUAAGUUCGCAAAAACCUGUUUUAGCUCCAAAACCUGGAAUGAAUACAAUGUCGCCUACAUCAUCAUCCAUUUAUAAUCUAUUAGGUAAAUUAGAAGAUGGCUAUCGAAUACAUGACCUUUCCGCAUCCUCAAGUUAUCCUUUCUGA